CUUCAACAGGCACGAGCAUCUGCAACGACAUAUUCGUACUCAUACUAAAGAUAAACCAUAUAUCUGCCCGUGUGGUCGUUCAUUCUCCCGAAAAGACUUACUAACCCGACAUGAACGCUUGAGCCAUGGCCUUGACGGGAGGCAAGGAGCUGCUCGAGCAUGUCACCCGCGGUGGAUCGAACCCUCACUAGUACACACGCUGCAUCUAUUGGUCUUUCAACCAUGGACCACAUGAGCGACCAUACUGACUCUAUAUCCCAUGCCAUUGCACACGAGCCGUUGACAUCGACCACCAUCUCUCAGCAAUCAGACACUGCAUUCCUGGGGAACACCGCCGUGCCUUAUUCCUUCGACAACUUCCUCUUGUCUUCCACGGACGGUCUCUUUGCGGACUGCGAUGAUCCGAUCUCUGGCUUCACCAGGUUCUUGACCCAUGGGGACUGGAGUCAUGACUGGGAAGGAUUGCUGGUCGACCCAAGCAUUGUGUCGCAUGACCACAACUUGCCGGAGCACGAUACAAUCCAGCAGAUCAGUCCAGACAGCACAGAUAUUUCUUCGCGGGUACCGGAUGACCCGUCAGGCGAUGGUGAUUUCCACGAGUUGAAGCCUCUUAGCUGUCCUUGGCUUUUGAACGAGAGCCAGUAUCUGCAGAUUACCAACGCGCUGGCGCCGUUUCGACAAGCUAUGCCCCAUUUCAGGCUGCCCUCAAGAAUGGCCGUUGCUCGCUACUUACUUGGAUAUGUCGAAGGCUUCAGUGAUCAUCACCCGUUCAUCCAUAUCCCAACCCUCAAAUUGACCUCCUUUGUCCAUACUCCCGAGUUCAUCCUGGCGAUGCUGGCCAUAGGCGCCCAGUAUCGCUACGAAACCAAGACUGCCAGGUCUCUGUACCAAGCUAGCCGAUCUAUCGUACUGGAACGUCUUCGCACAGUUAACAGUGUCGGUGACAUCAAUUCUAUCGCGCCUGAUCAAAGUAGCGCAACUCCUUCAUCCGGCCAUGGAGAACAUCGUCUAGACCGAACCCGUGCUCUGCUCUUGUUGGCCGUCUAUUGCUUUUGGCACAGCAGCCCGGAUCUGUCGCAGGACUCGCACCAAUACCAGAGCAUGAUCGCUGACUCGCUCCGCCGACUUGGUCUGUCCGAAGGGCCGCAUCAUGACAGAACCAGCUGGACUCAGUGGAUCAAGCUAGAAACAGAAAGGCGCACUCAAUUCUUCGGUUGGUAUAUACUCAACUUUCAUGCCUUCACAUACGAUAAUCCACCUCUACUGCUCACGAGGGAUGUCAACCUGCAGCUUCCAUCGUCAUGCCAGGAAUGGGUUGCGCGAACGGAAGCUGCAUGGAUUCAUGUCAGUACUCAUGCAUCUACAAUUAACCUGAAGGAGGCCCAUGAGGCCCAUCUUGGACAAGGCACAUCUGCAAAGUUCGUUGCAUCGCCCAUGGGAAACUAUAUAUUGAUCCACGCACUUAUCCAGCGUAUUUACAUGAUGCACCAAAUCUCUCUGGACCCACAGACACAAAGUCUCUCUAUGCAAACCGCCCAAGAACUGGAGCCGUCGCUUGACCGUUGGCGACACACCUGGUGCCAUUCUCCCGAAUCCAAGCUGGACCUGUAUGAUUCAUAUAGCUCGCUUGCGUUCUCCGCCACUGCCCUGCUGGGUGUGGCAUAUAUUCGUCUGUAUUACAACCUUGGAAAGUGGCGCAAUCUACAGAGCGGCGAUCCCGCAAUAGUCGCCGCGACCUUGUACGAGGCGCCCCUGCCUACGCGCGGUCCUCAUCUCAUACAUGCCUUGCUACAUUCUGUCCAUUCCCUGAACAUUCCUGUACAGGCGGGCACUUCUUAUCUUUCUCAAUUCAAAUCUUUCGGCUGGAGCGUUGAUCAUGCUGUCUGUGAUCUGGAAUGUGCUAUCUUCCUGAGUAAGUGGCUGCAAGUAGUGGCAGCUUCCUAUGAGGAGCAGACACUGUCUGAGUUGGAAACACGCGUUGUCCGGUGGAUUAUCCGUGUCGUACGGGAAGCGUUUAUGUCACAGGACGAGACAAUCCACAUCAGUCAUGAAAUUGAUGAUUAUCGGCUGGAGGCCUUGCAUCGAACUGCCAGCUUCCUCAGCUCUGCAGUCGUCAAAGUUUGGGCACAGAUGUUCAAGGUUUGCAAUAGCCCUUGGCCGAUGGUGAGGUUCGUUGGCCAGAGUCUGGAUCGGUACGCGGAAUUGAUGCCCGGAUCUUUGAAAUCCCCCUCGACAAGUCGGGUGACAACAUGAACCUGGGCAUUGCGUGAAAAGAAAAAGCAGUGGGUGAUGUGUCAGGUGCC